AUACGCAACAUUCUCCUAAACGCAGCGCCUGGCUUUCUUUUCUAUUUGUGCAUUAUUUACACGUGUUUGCACUUCUCAACUUUUCAAUUUCCUUGGCUAUCUUUGAAAGAAGCCGCGUCACUCCUUCAAUCGGCCUCAAGGGGACUUCUUUGCGACCGAGCGAUCAGAUAUUCAAACGACUAGUAGACGGCACUACGUACCUCCUAAUGAAUUGCAUCCCUUGCAUUGAUCCGACCGAAUACACUCGUCUCAUCGCCUCAGCUUAUCGAGCUAUGCACCUCUGAUCUUGUCCGACCUUGCUGACCACUUCGUCCUCGAUUUCGACACCAAGUUCGAUUCUCUUCUGCAGUACAACUAAUUGGUCGCUCCCUGGACCAGCCAACUUCAAGAUCUACCACCAUCAUGAAGAAAUGGCAUCCGCAAAGCCGCCGCUUGUUCGGCGCCAAGCUGCGGCCGAGAUCUAUGAUAAUAAUUGUCUUUGCUAUGCUUGCUGCCUACUACCUCCUGUUUGCGCCCAGCACCAGUAUCCAGGUGGUCCCUUCCAACUCAAAAGGCCCAGCUUCGCCACCACCACCCGUUACUGGAAAUGGAGAGCCUGAUACCGAAGACCAAUACGGCGCCAUCCACCGAGAACUCUGGGAACUCACGGCUGAGGACCUCAAGGACUGGCAUGAUCCCACCGAUGGCGAGGACCCCAAUGAUAUCGAGCCCGGAUUUGAGACUGAUGGAAAGGAAAGAGGUUUUGGAGAUCUGGGCAAGCUCCAACAUGAGAAGGAUAUGAGAAAAGAAUGGAGACACGCUUAUUCUGUUACUUCUAACUUUCCCCAUUCAAAUCUCAUCUAUGGAAAGACCUUGGCGAAUUUGGAGAACCAAGAGGCUCGGCCCGAAGAAUUCAGCGUUGAUCUCAAGUUUGACCCAGAUGCCGACGUGGAAUACAGCUCUGAAAAGCCAGUUCGCUAUGACCCUUACCCAAAGUACAACAGUGCCGCAUGGAAAGACGCUGGGUACGCCCAGUAUUUUCCAUGCAAGGGUGCAACUGGGGAACCCGUCGAGGAUCUGCUCGUAUUCAAAGGUAGGCCUCGCGAAUGGCCUCUACCUCGAUUUGGUAGCUACGAUGCUUUGAAUAUGGAUCCUAACCUCUGCUGGGAGCGUGAGACUCGACUUGGCCCCUAUGGGCUGCAUCGCCAGUUCAAAAAGGUUGGCGGCGAACCGCAGCCACUCAACUUCGAUAACGUCAACUGGGGAGACCUUCAACGAAUGUGCCUCCAUAGAAAUGCCCAGCGGUUUGAUAUGAACCGAGAGCGUGUCAACGAAUACCUCAACAUGUAUCCCGAAACUGUCAUUGGCCCACAAUUACCAGAGGAACCUCAACAAAUCCAAGAGCCCGCUCCAGCACAGAUGGCAAAGCGAGAUGCUCCCCUGGAGCCAGAGCCCAAGAGUACCCCUGUCUCGACGAACCCAGGCAUCGCGCCUGCCCUGACCAACCCUGAAGCUAUCAGCCAGUUCGCAAGUCCACAGAAACAUCCAAGAAGCCCCAGGAAUCCAACAACCGGCUAUGUUUCAGAGCCUCGAACUGCUAUCCUUCUUCGAUCUUACACUGGCAAGGAUUAUACAGAAAACGACAAGCAAAAUAUUCGUUCACUAAUAUCCGAACUGUCUCUAAAGACAGGCGGUCAGUACGAGGUCUUUCUGCUGGUGCAAGUCAAGGAUACAAACCUCCGCAUCUUUGAAGACGACGAUGUCUACCAGACUGUCCUCUCGCAGAGCGUUCCUCCUGAGUUCCGCAGUAUGACAAUUCUCUGGAACGAUGACAUUGUUUGGAAGCUUUAUCCAAAACUGACAGAUCCCGAAUCGAAGAACGUCCACACUGCACAGUGGCUUUCUGUUCAGAAAUUUAGCCAAGACUACCCACAGUUUGAUUUUGUCUGGAACUGGGAGAUGGAUUUCCGUUUCACUGGUCAUCACUACCACCUCUUGGAUAAGCUUGGAGAAUUCGCCAAGAAGCAGCCUCGAAAAGGCAUGUGGGAGAGAAACGAGCGAUGGUAUAUCCCGACAUUCCACGGAGGUUAUGACGACGAGUUUCGCCAGGACAUUGAGAAACGGUACGGCGAUAAUACUAUUUGGGGCGCCCCUGAAUUUCCUUUUAUCAACCCCAUUGGGCCCAAGCCUCCCGUUGCGAGUCCCAGUCAGGACAACUACGAGUGGGGGGUUGGUGAAGAUGCCGAUGUUGUCACUGUCUCUCCCAUGUUCAACCCCAUCAACAGCAACUGGGUCAUUGCUAAUCAAGUUUGGGGCUACAAUGACUCAACUCACAAGUCGCAAGAUAUUCCCAGGCGAACCACAAUCGUCACUCAGUCUCGAGUGUCGAAGAAGCUACUGAACAUCAUGCACGUUGAGAAUCUUCGUGGCAACCAUGUCGCCUCCGAGAUGACACCACAAACAGUCGCUCUCCUACACGGCCUCAAGGCAGUCUAUGCUCCUCAUCCGGUUUUCAUGGACCGUGACUGGAAGGGCAAAUUUCUCAACAAGUGGUUCAACCCUGGCGAGAAUGGAGAAUGUGGCGGCCGCGGAAGCCCUAUGGGCUGGGGACGAGAGCGAAGAUACAUUGGUUCAACUUGGUACUACCGGGCGAUACCGCCCAACCGACUGUACAACAAUUGGAUGGGCUGGCAUGAUACAGGCAUCGGUGGCCCGCAGUGGGAAGAGAAGCAUGGACGACCAUGCUUACCCCCAAUUAUGCUUCACCAAGUCAAGAAUACGGAGCCAACCAGUGAUAAUCAUGAAACCACCUUUGAGUUAGCCUACGGUUAAGCUGUUACUUUCGCCUUAGCAAAGAUUUGCUUCAUAGGCAGGCUAAUCAGACAUGCUAUAUGACUGGAUAUCAUUGCUUCUCGUCCUUGGGUCUUUCGUGUCCUUUUAAUGGUGGCUAGUGCCAUAUGUGUGCGAAUUUUUUAUAAAGGACCCUGUUGCAUCGUGUAUUAGAUAUAGGGGGCUUGAGAGAUGCGCAUUUGGGUGUCAGGAGUUUGGAGUGCCUAAUUUUCACAUAUAUCAGACAAAAUAUCAAAGAACAUCAGCUCCAG